GCCGGUUACAUCACUGUCCAGGAGCUGUGGGGUUCCGUCAAUGCGCUUGCGUAGAGAACGGCAGGCAGACUGUAAUCCCAGCGGAUUCAGUCGGGGAGGUGGGAGAGCGGAAUGGACUGGUGGUGUGUAACGUUACACCAGCAAAAAAUAGGAGAAGGUUACAAUUGUGAUUUAGUUUCACCCUUUUAAAUCAAACAUAACUACUCGUUUAUAUGGGUCAACUUCUGAAAGUCGGACGCAACCGUUUGCUGGCUGCAUUUAAUAAGGACUGAAAACUUGGGAUUUGAUGGAAACUAAAAUACGCUCCCCUCUCUCGCUAGCUUGCUAACAGACUAGGUAGCGAUUGCCACUUAAACAUGAACAUGGAUGACGGGAAAAUGAUUUCUUUGUGGACCUUGAACUAAUUUUUCGGAUUUUCUACAUUGUCAAUUAGCUGUAAAACUUAGCAAAUGUUUGGUUACGCUGCCCUGAUUUAUUUAAUUAUAGAUCGUUUUGCUGUUGGUAACUAGCGAGUAGUUUGUGAGUGUGGUAACUGUGAGUAGCUAGCUCCAGCUCACUUGGUGCUUAACUAAACGGGAUUAGGCUAAUCAGUUAGCUACCACAGAUAGCCAUAUUUUAGCAAGUAACUUCGCUACAUUAGCUCAUACCAGGGAAACGAUCCUUGGACUCGGCAUUGACGUUAUUCAGUGUUCUAGCACUAAAUUAAUCUGGUAAAACACAACCAAAAAUAGUUUAUUAGCUGGCUACAAUUGCUAUUAUUUUUACAUUGUCUGAAUGACUGGAUUCAACCUACGUUGACUGCGCUGGAAGUUUACGGUCUACUGUAGCCUAAGAUGAACCGACUGUGGAGGCGUGACGUACCCCUCGCAGAGCGCCACGGAAACAACUCCCCCGCCGGACUGGCCCCGGCCGCCCCCUCCACCAUGGCCCCCGCGGGGCCCAACAUCUCCUGGCUGCCGGAGGCCCCCGCGCUGGGCUCGGACCAGCCCUUCUUCCUCAUGACCACCACCGCGCAGGCCGUGUCCGGCUUUUUCGUCUGGACCGCCCUGCUGCUCACCUGCCACCAGAUCUACAUGCACCUGAGGUACUACAGCGCGCCGAACGAGCAGAGGCACAUCGUGAGGAUCCUCUUCAUCGUGCCGAUCUACGCCUUCGACUCCUGGCUCAGCCUGCUCUUCUUCACCAACGACCAGUACUACGUCUACUUCGACACGGUGCGGGACUGCUACGAGGCGUUUGUGAUCUACAACUUCCUGAGCCUGUGCUACGAGUACCUGGGAGGGGAGAGCGCCAUCAUGUCUGAGAUCAGAGGGAAGCCCAUUGAGUCCAGCUGUGUGUACGGAACAUGCUGCCUCUGGGGAAGGACCUACUCCAUCGGCUUCCUCAGGUUCUGCAAGCAGGCAACGCUGCAGUUCUGCGUGGUGAAGCCCCUGAUGGCCAUGGUCACCGUCAUCCUGCAGGCCUUCGGAAAGUACCGGGACGGCGACUUCAACGUGGCCAGCGGGUACCUGUACGUCACCAUCGUGUACAACAUCUCGGUCAGCCUCUCCCUCUACGCGCUCUUCCUCUUCUACUUCGCCACCCGCCAGCUGCUCGUGCCCUACAGCCCCGUGCUCAAGUUCUUCAUGGUCAAGUCCGUCAUCUUCCUCUCCUUCUGGCAGGGCAUGCUGCUGGCCAUCCUGGAGAAGUGCGGGGCCAUCCCCAAGAUCAGCUCUGUGGAAGUGACCGUGGGAGAGGGCACCGUCGCCGCGGGCUACCAGAACUUCAUCAUCUGCGUGGAGAUGUUCUUCGCCGCCCUGGCCCUCCGCCACGCCUUCACCUAUAAGGUGUACAUGGACAAGAGGCUGGACUCCCAGGACCCAGUUCCAACAUACGGACAGUACGGCCGCUGUGCCCCCAUGAAGAGCAUCUCCAGCAGCCUGAAGGAGACCAUGAACCCGGGGGACAUGGUCCAGGACGCCAUCCACAACUUCUCCCCGGCCUACCAGCAGUACACGCAGCAGUCCACCCUGGAGCAGCGCUCAGGCCCCCCCGUGUCCCGCAGCCACAGCACCGCCAGCGCCCGCGACAACGAGAAGACCCUGCUGCUCAGCUCCGACGACGAGUUCUGAGCGUCGGCCAGGACGCGCUCGCACAGGACCACCGCGCGUCACAACCGCACACCACACCGAUACUCGCAACCGCACACCACACCGAUACUCACAACCGCACACCACACCGAUACUCACAACCGCACACCGAUACUCACAACCGCACACCACACCGAUACUCACAACCACACACCACACCGAUACUCGCAACCGCACACCACACCGAUACUCACAACCACACACCACACCGAUACUCACAACCACACACCACACCGAUACUCACAACCGCACACCACACCGAUACUCACAAUCAGAACACAAACGCAGGCCGGGGACAAGGCAGUACAGGACCAGGAGGUAGAUCGGGCGCACACACACGCAAACACACACACUCACAAUGGAGGCACAGUGCUGUGUGCUUCUUUACUCUUUCUUCAGUCACACUGAACUACACACACACGCCUGGGAAGCAACUCUUUAGGGACUCAACAUGGUAUGCUUUGUAGAGGUGCCACAGUAAAAAAACAAAAAAAACUGCGACGCUUCACAAAUGUAUAUGUACGCACAUGCAUAUGCCCACACGCGCACACACACACACACGCAAACAUAAAAUAAAGUAUGUGUCUUAGCAUAUACACAUACAGAGGAUCAGACCAAAACCCACUCUUAGGGCAAUAUGGACAUAUGAUGUCAUGAAAUAUGACGUAAAGGCCAAAGGCAGGGAUUAAUGACACUCCACCACUCCAUUCCCAUCAGGCCGAGCUCCUCCCCAAAUAGAUGCCAAAUAGAAUAGGAGUCUCUCAAAGUUGGGAUCUUCAUAUUUACAGCUUUCCUGUCCUUUUAUUUUUUUCAUUUAUUUAUUAUCUUCGGGAUUGGGUGUCUGCUUACGUGUCAUGCAUCUUCGCUUGGAAUUGUAUUAAGUGUGAUCUUUGUAUUUUGAGUUGAAAGUCCAGCCUGAGUUCCUCCUCACAUAGCCAGUGGUUCCUCUCCACAGAGCGGUCCUGCUCGCUCCUGCUCUCACAGAGCCGCUGGCUUCUGCUGCUCUUUGACGCUCACGUGACCCGUUAGCCGCAGGGCCCGUUAGCAGCAGGGCCCGUUAGCCGCAGGGCCCGUUAGCCGCAGGGCCCGUUAGCCGCAGGGCCCGUUAGCCGCAGGGCCCGUUAGCCGCAGGGCCAUUAGCAGCAGGGCCCGUUAGCCGCGGGACCCGUUAGCAGCAGAGCCCGUUAGCCGCAGGGCCCGUUAGCAGUAGGGCCAUUAGCAGCAGGGCCCGUUAGCCGCGGGACCCGUUAGCCGCAGGGCCCGUUAGCCGCAGGGCCCGUUUGCAGCAGCGCGGCGGUAGAUUUCUCAGGACACACGAGCGCGCGCAGGGCUGUAAGGGACGGAGGUUACAGACGGAGAGAUGUGGGCUCCUGACAUGGCAGGGCAGCCCUAAGAAGGUGGGGUUAUAAUGGCAUGAUUGGGGCAUUAUGUGCGUGCCGCAGGUUAAGCAGGCUUUUGCCAGCAUGGAAGACUCUAGACCAGUGGUAACCAACCCUGUUCCUGGAGAUCUACCAUCCUGUAGGUUUUUAUUUCAACCCUAAUUUGGCACACCUGAUUCUAAUAAUUAGCAGCUCAAUCCAGAUCUUUAGCUGUUGAAGGAAGUGUGUUUUGUUUGGGGAGGAGGGAAAAUCUCCAGGAACAGGGUCAGUUCCCACUGCUCGUGACCAUUUCAGUUAGUAGGCAAUAUAGGUUAAACUCAUGCAAACUGUGCAGGCUUAUAGCAGGAAUAUAGGUGUAGGGCUUAACUGCACGAGCAGUUUCUGUAUAAAACCUAUCGUUACAAUUAUUUGCAAGCAUAUUUACUGUAGAACAAGCCAUGGUUACACGUGUGUGUCCACAUGAUCAUACAAGACAACACAUUUUAUUUAUCCAAACUGCUGCUUCUGGUUUUCUGCAGAGAUAUUGCAGUGCCCACUAGAGGGCAGCGAUGAUAUUUGAUUUUGAUUGGCAGUAUGCGCUUGCAUAGAGACCCCUACUGUUCCCAGUUAGAAGUGCGAGUAUAUAUAUUUUUGAAGUUAUUUCUUAAUUCUCUACUCACCCCAUGAUCAAGUAUCAGGUACAGUUUCUCUUAAAGGUUUUCUGUCGGUUUAAGGGGAUGUCGCUGUGACAGCAGAACCCACACGCUGACCACAGACGACAGGCAGCUACCAAGUGCAGCGUUUACAUUUUGUGCGACAUUCAGACAUGCUGCCAUUGAUUACGCACCUGUGAGAGAGCUUUACUGUGUACUGGGGUUCUGUGUGCUACAUCACACACCUGUGGAUGAAGGCUUUUAUUGGCUGUUCAGUUCUGGGUCAGGGAAUCGCCCAAAAACCACAGACACAAGACCUUCCAGAUACCUGCACGCUUCCCCCUGGGUCACUUCUGUGUAUAUAUGAUCUAUAUAUUGAGGCCAGUAUAAAUAUAUCCAGUACGUUAUUGUAGUGGGAACUGAGGGAAAUUAAUGAUGCUUUCUGGCACUUACCUUUUUAAGCGACAAAAGAGAAUAUCCUUAAAUAGAUCUUUAUUCCACCCCAGCAGCCGAGAGGAUUGGGAAAAGAACAGUAAUUCUUCACAUCCUGUAAACGUCAGGUCUAUCUCCCAGUACAUGGCCUUUUAUACAUACUCACACGCACACACACGCAUGUAUAUGUAUUGCUGAAGAGUUAGGAAGUUGUAAAUAAGGGUUCAAAAGGAAAUACUGGAGUAAAAUGAACGGUAUAUGAUGUAAUGCUCAGAGAAAGCAAAUGCUUAGUUUUGUACCAUUGUUCAAUACUGGCUUUUAUUUUAUUUUUCUCUAGCUCUUUGUAUAUUGAAACAGCUUCACAGAUUCUGCUUUUAUUUUUGUCUUUGUGAUGUCCAAAUAAGGAAAAGGAUAAAGAAAAGCCAAGACAAAUAAAUAUUUAGUUUUGUCCUUAA